AUUAUUAAUGUGGAAUACUAUAGAUGAUGAAUGAUUUAUAGAUUUUUGGAAACCUUGAAAAGAUUAUGUAGGUACAAUUAAAUUCCUGAACUUUACCAAAAACAAAACUCUAUAUUUUUUUAGUAAUCCAUCCAAUAGGAAUUCUGGCGACCAUAGAGGAAAUAAAUCCAUCCAUGGCCGAUCUCGUCGCUGUCAAGUCUCUAUUUCCCUUUCAAUUAUGAAGCAUCUUCAAUGAUUUUAUUUGUAUUUAAAAGUGCAAGUGAUAGUGUGGCGGCGCGGUCUCGGUGUUAGGGCUCGUUGGCCGGAGGCGCCAUGUUCAGCGGGACGGUGCGCGUCAAGGUGUGCGAGGCGACGGGCCUCAGGCCGACCGACUUUCAGAAACGGCACAACAUGACCUUCGGGAAACCAGACAACCAGCCCAUAGACCCGUACGUGUCGAUCGACGCCGACGAGCACCAUCUAGACCGGUCCAACACCAAGCCCAAGACAUUUGACCCUGUGUGGAAUGAGACAUUUAUACAUGAGGUUCAGAAUGCUACCAACCUGGGAUUCACUGUAUUUCACGAUGCUGCCAUACCACCGGACGACUUUGUAGCCAAUUGUACUAUUCCAUUUGAGGACCUCAUGCACAGAGACAAAGAUGCCACAGACUUUUGGGUGGAUUUAGAACCUCAAGGAAAAUUGCAUCUAAAAAUAGAUCUGAAAUGGAAUUCCCAACCGAGCAGCGGAGGCACGAGUACGCGCGCAGUGCGCGGGCGCGAGUUCAAGGAGGGCGCGGGCUUCAACCGGCGGCGCGGGGCGCUGCGGCGCCGCGUGCACCAGGUCAACGGGCACAAGUUCAUGGCCACCUUCCUGCGCCAGCCCACCUUCUGCAGCCACUGCAGGGAGUUCAUCUGGGGUCUCGGCAAACAGGGUUACCAGUGUCAAGUUUGCACCUGCGUGGUACACAAGAGAUGUCAUUCAUCUGUGGUUACUAAGUGUCCAGGCAUGAAGGAGGAGCAACUGGCGGUGGGCGUGUCGGGCGGGCAGCGCUUCAACGUGAACGUGCCGCACCGGUUCGUGGUGCACUCCUACAAGCGGUUCACGUUCUGCGACCACUGCGGCUCGCUGCUCUACGGCCUCAUCAAGCAGGGCCUGCAGUGCGAAGUGUGUUCGAUGAACGUGCACAAGCGCUGCCAGAAGAACGUGGCCAACAACUGCGGGAUCAACACCAAGGCGAUGGCGGCCAUCCUCAACGAGAUGGGCAUCUCGCCCGACAAGAACCCCAGGCCGCGCGCCUCCAAGUACCUGAACACACCUCUACUUGAAGGCCCUCCAGACUUGGCCUCUGAAGAUGGAAAAGAUCCAGAUAAGCUGGAGAAUAAAGGUGGCGCGGCCCAGCAGUGGGAGUCGGAGUGGGCGGAGCUCCAGGACAUAUUCUCUAGAUACGAAGGCACGAUGGUCGGCAAGCAGGCUCCGUGGCGGUCGGCGUGGGACGAGCUACAGGACAUAUUUGGGUCGUACGAUGAAGGUUCCGACGGCGCGGGGGACGGCGCGGAGGGUAUGAAGGUGUCGUUGGAGGACUUCCACUUCAUCAAGGUGCUGGGCAAGGGCUCCUUUGGGAAGGUCAUGUUGGCUGAGAAGAAGGGCACUGAUGAGGUGUACGCGGUGAAGGUGCUGAAGAAGGACGCCAUCAUCCAGGACGACGACGUGGAGUGCACGCUGACGGAGCGGCGCGUGCUGGCUCUGGCGGCGCGCCACCCCUUCCUCACGGCGCUGCACUGCGCCUUCCAGACGCCCGAGCGCCUGUUCUUCGUCAUGGAGUACGUGGACGGCGGCGACCUCAUGUUCCAGAUACAGCGCGCGCGCAAGUUCGACGAGCCGCGGGCCAGGUUCUACGCGGCGGAGGUGACGCUGGCGCUGCAGUUCCUGCACUCGCACGGCGUCAUCUACCGCGACCUCAAGCUGGACAACAUCCUGCUGGACAGCGAGGGCCACUGCAAGCUGGCCGACUUCGGCAUGUGCAAGGAGGGCAUCCUCGACGGUGCUACUACGACGACCUUCUGUGGGACUCCUGAUUACAUUGCUCCAGAGAUCCUGCAGGAGCUGGAGUACGGCCCGUCGGUGGACUGGUGGGCGCUGGGCGUGCUGCUGUACGAGAUGCUGGCGGGGCAGCCGCCCUUCGAGGCCGACAACGAGGACGACCUGUUCGAGUCCAUCCUGCACGACGACGUGCUGUACCCCGUGUGGCUGUCCAAGGACGCCGUCUCCAUACUCAAAGGGUUCAUGAGCAAGAACCCGUCGCGGCGGCUGGGCGUGGCGGGCGGCGCCGCCGGCAUCCGCGCGCACGCCUUCUUCCGCGACGUGGAGUGGGACGCGCUGGCGCAGCGCCGCCUGCGCCCGCCCUUCCGCCCCAAGGUGAAGAGCAAGCGCGAGGCGGCCAACUUUGACGCGGAGUUCACCAAGGAGGACCCCUGCCUCACGCCCGUGCCGCCCGACGUGCUGCGCGCCAUCAACCAGGAGGAAUUCAAAGGCUUCUCGUUCGUGAACAAGGACUUCAACCCGGCGCCGCCCGCCGCGCCGCUCGCCUGAAGCCGCGCACCCACCCGCCGGCACUGGCGCCGCGCCCGCCUGUGUCGGCAAGUCACUGUCGGCCUUUGUCCGAUCACUCGCUCGUCCGCAUGACCACAGAUCUGUUUGUAACAUCGACUAAACGAUACUCGGAUGUAACAUCGCCCCGGGAGAAGUGUACUUGAACAGAUCGAGUACAAUUUUCCUCUAAAAUUUGCAAUACGCGUCUGAUUCGUAUAAGACGAUUUGAGUCUUAAGGUUAUAGGGAUAUGGUUGAUUUUUCUGCAGAUGUGUCAGUGUCAGUGUAUAUUAUCUGUAGGUGCGAUGUGUAUGCGAGGGACGCGAGAGACGCGUGUUGUACAAGAGGUGAUACAUUAAGUAUUCGUUUAUCGACGUGUGAUCAUUUGUAAACACAAGUGCGCUGCUGUUUCUUGUACCGCGACAGGGGCGUUCGCGCCUCUGCCUCCAUAUUGAAUCGUUACACGCUCCCAAUGACGCCGCGCAUUAUUAUGGCGUACCAAAAAUCUUUGCAAUUCGUUGGCCAUUGUAAAGAGAACUUUCUAGAACUUGAAUGAAACAAUGUAUUUGUAAACACAAUGAGUGUAAGGUAAUGCUUUUAAACUGCCGCCAUAGCUUCGGCUGUGGCCAACGAGUUGCGACUCUAUGCGGUGCGAGCGUGUAACGUAUGUGUAAUUUCUUCAGGUAACGUUCCCUAUACGACGUUGUACGUUGUGACGUCAGAGAAUGACGUCACGUUACAUGCGUACAACAUUGCGUAGAGAGCGGCACACGUCACAGUAUGUCGUGCUAUUUUUGGAUUUGCUAAACACAAAUAUUUAAUCAGACCAUCAAUAUAUAAUAGUAGGGGAGCCCGGGAUUAAAUUUGCAGUUACUACAGUGUCAUUGCAAUCGAUUAGAUUUGGUAGAUUAGAUGAUAGUAAGAUUAUAUGGUUAUAUACUUUUUCGCUUUCCGCGGUAACGAAAAAAGUAUAUAACCAUAUAAUUUUUACUACAGAUAAAAACUACAGACUUUUUUAUUACUUUGGCUUACUGAUCAUCAUCAGAAAACAUAAGCGAUUAUUCAGAAUAAUUUCAUUCAAAAUAAGUAAAAAAUUACCGCGCUCGUGGCUCGAUAAUUGGUUAGAUUAGUUAGUUCGAUAGAUCGUUAAUCUGACGUGCUGGUUGAGUAUUUCUGAAGUUAGCUCUUUUUUUGCAGACGUAUUUGUUAGACGUAUGCACCAACAUUAAGGGCUCAUACUUGGUGGAGGUACUCAACAACGUGCAAGGUAUACUCCCUUAUGUUCAUCUGCCGCGCUCGAGUUAUUGCAAAAACCCCCUCUUCGGCUCCCCUACCAUAAGAUUUAAAACGCAAUUCUAAGAUUUCCACUUAUUGACGAAAAAAUUUGCGUUAAAAACGAUUAAAGUCAGAACAUUGCAUUUAUUUGACGAGCGGUGAGUUGACGUCAUUUGUGUUUUUUUUUUAAAGGUUUCUCUUGUCUGCGUACGGUGGUGGGGGGACCUGUCGGCAGGACAGUGUGACGUGUCGCCAUACACGCUUAGAACAACAGAUCUUUAAUAUUAUAUAAAUAUAGCAUACGGCGUUUUGUAUGUUUGGUACACUACGGAACAUGGGCCUGAACAGAUUACGAGGAAAUUGACUCGAUUGACUGAUCUUGAACUAUGAGAACGUAUAGAUGUAUACUAAAACGUAGUCGUGCAAUAGGAGAAUAAGUAUAAACAAUAUGAAAAAUCAUAUACCAAAAAAACAAUUUAACUAAAGUAACUGUUGCAGUUAGUAUAAAUCAGGCAUUUCAUUUGUUGCAUUAUACAAGAUGAUGAAAUAUGAAAGUCAUUUUUAAAGGUCACAUUGUAUUAAUUUUACUGUAACUCUGUAGAACGGACCAGUCCAUAGAGUACCAAACAAAUGAUACGGACGUAAUCAACGGGUUCUAUAUGAUCUCCCAUCCAGUCAAACUUUAAUAAGAGUCGCAAAAACUAAAUAAUAGCAAAUAAUAUAAUGAAAAAAGAAAAGAAGAAUAUAUUUAAAUAGCGAUAACGCAUCCUAGAUUGUUGGUACGAUGAAGGUAUAUUUUAAAAGAACUCUAAAUAUUGCUAAUCGUAAGUCAGUCGGUGAGUGUUAGAGCAAUUAUUGAUCGUUGUACAUAAAGUUAUAAUUUCAUCACGGCCCGGGCCCGGACCAGCUCGAACGCAUCCAAUGGUCCCCGACACUGUUCCAAACAAAUCCAAUAGUAAACUACUGAAGCAUAGUCGAUGUUAAAGUUAGUAUACGUCGGGGAGGAGGCCUGCACUCACGGAGGGUUGCUCCCUCGGUGGUGCCGGUGCCAACGGCUGCACACUAAACUAGGCCUAAAGCCGAAUCUGAUGACUGUGUGAUCCUUGUGUUGCUACAUCCGUGCUGAUUUCACUUUAUUUUUAAAUAGAACCACUGUAACGGUUCUCUCGAGCACGGUGAGAGAACUUUAAAGGCAGUUUUAUUUUGUGUCAGCUACAGAAUACUUUAAAAGUUUAGUGCGCGAGCCGAGCGGCGCCGUCGACUGAACUCUGUUCGUCCGCGGCUCGACUGUUGGAUCUGUCGUGCGGCUCCGGGCGGUGCGACGUGACGUGACGUGACGUGACGGGACGGACGACGUGUUUUAUCAUAUUUUUGUUACGUUUAUUAAUUUAGGCUAUUUAAGGCUGUUCGUCGAAGUAACGCGCGGUGGACGGGGCGCUAGGCUGUGAAGUUUUGACAUAAACCCUUUGAGCUCAUACGAUUGCGCGUUUAUUGUCGACGGUUUGACGUGACAACAGGCUGCGACCUGUGAGCUGCGAAUGUCAAAUCGUUACAGAAACGGCGGGUUGAGCAGUUGUUAGUUUGCUACGAUGAAAUUCACCCACAGAGAAAGUCACUGAUAAACCUUAAUUGCGUACAGGGCUCAAUGCAUUUGAUGUUUAUCGCUGCAUGUUAUUAUAUUUUUUUGGUGUAUUUCAUUGAUGGAACUCUGAACGAAGCUUCGAGACGGUUGGCUGCGUCCUGUCCCGUAGGCCGUAGGUCGCGGGCACACUUAGUAAACCCCAUUCGCGAUAGUUGCGUGUGUGUGCGUGCGUGCGUGCGAGCGUGCGUGUGCUAGUCGUAGUUCUCGUUCGAACCACUAUAGUCAUUAAUUUUCGUCACUAGUUUAGGUUUUUUAAAUCUCGCGUACAUGAAAAUAUUGAAUACCUUGUUUGAGGUGCUUUAAUGUAAGUAAGUUUUUUGGAAGUGUUAGAAGUUUUCACUGUUGUGUCGAUGUCACUAGUUUCGUAGUCGGUUCCUACUUCGUUAGCGUGACGCUUCUAGUCUUGCGUUGUGUAUUUUGUGCGUUUUCGCGUUUCGCAGAAAAUAUAGCUCACCUGUUGUAGCAGUAUUCAUUUGAUGAAUCUUUGACUUUACAGCAAUAUGGGAAUCAGAAAUACCGUUACGGUUGUGUUAAGUUGAGCGUAUACACUACAGUUGCAAGUUGAUAGACAAUCUGUUAUCUUGGACCCAAAGCUCGCUGUCGAUAGUUUGUGUUCGCCACGACACUGUAAUGACCAAUAGGGUACAGACCAACAGUUUAACACAGACCUAAAAAAUCAUCUUCAUCUGUUAUAUCGAACUUAAUUUCUGAUUUGACUGUGUCUUAGAAAACGCUCAGCCGAAAAGAUAAACAACACUUAAGACUAAUAUAUCAGACUUUAUUUUGUGGCGUUACUUCAUUAUAGAAGUCAGUUUGACGAUGACCAGACGGUCACUAUCGGUUCCAUAUUGCUGUAACGGUCGUGACUUUAUUUCUUUACCAAAUAUAAUCAAAUUAUUAUGUUACGUUUACAUCAAUUCUAUUAUUAUUGACAUUAUAUAUUUGUUUCUGAGUACUGAGAGUACAAAUUUUUAGAUGUCCAUGCAGCAUGGAGCAUAUUUACUUAUAUUACUAAUGAUAGUUGUAAGAACGAGAUAUUGAUUAUUUUUUGUGUAUGUUUUUUGGCUGUUUCUUGAGUUUCGAUUUGGCUCACUUGGAAAAGAUCGUAUACAGUUUUAUUCUGCAUAUAUAGCGAGCAAAGAUUAAAAUUUUUAGAUUUAGAUAACUUUUGGAAUCUCCCAUCAUAAAACAUAGACAGAUUUUCCUAGAAACAUUUUUAACGGCUGCUAAAGACCGUGCCUGACUAUUUGACUACUCUCUAUGUACGACCGAAAGGGCACAAACAACAAAAUUAAGUAGGUGUGCCCUUUUCCCGCCUUCGAGUACUUAAGUUAUGUAUAUGAGCAAUGGGUCAUUCCCUGACGGCGACCACCGAUUGCGAAUUAUAUGUCGGUUAUAUUAUCUAAAGAUUUAAAUCUUUGGUCGCAAGAGUUACUAUAAAACUAAAGGUUUUGUGGAAGAAUGAGCUAUAAAUAUUAUAGAAUUAAAUUGGGAGUAAUUAGGAUAAGGUUAGAGAUAUGUACGUGGUUCAAAAGCUUGUGUGUAGACGAUAAGGUAGGUUACUUGUGAGCGAUGGACGACAUUCUCACCGGCUUCGGAAAUGGCGGAGCUUCUCGAUUCGGCGCGUUUCAGGUUUUUUUUAUGUAUUAUCGAUUCGUUUAUAGAUCAGUAGUACUCGCGUUCAAGUUUCCUUUUUUUAUAGAAAUGUUCGAUAAAUAACAUAAAGUUAUGUUUAAGAAAUUCAUUUAUAUUCCAAACGGGACUAUUCGAUUUAUUUUAUAUUCCAUGUCUAUUCAUUAAUGCUGCGAAAUAAUAUUGGGGUCAGUCGCAGAAUGUAGAAUAUACUGACUGCAGACAACGAAAAGCCGCUAGCCGAGCUUUGAAAUGCGUUGAGAAGUUGACUCAAAACUAGAGGGUAGGUUGUAGUUUUGAAAACGGCCUUGUUUUAUUGCGUAUGGAUACUUGUUCUUAAUUUACGGAUAGAUUCGAUGCGGCAAACUUUGCGAACAUUCGAAAAACAUACACACAUUUUAUUAACUGUUUUUGUAGAAGAGUUCUUUUUUUACACAUCUCGUAGUUAUUUCCACACUGCUAAAAACUCAACUAAGACAUAAACUUUAACGUUUUUCUUUCGUUUUUAUUAUAAAAACAUAAUCGCGUCGUGGUCAGGCAAAUAGCCCACAACAAAUGAAGCCGGGUAUUCUUUCCACCGUCUCACAAAACUGACAACAUUGCACAAAAAAACAUCAAUUCAUAUUUAAGCUUUUUAUAUAUUCCUUUGUAUUAUAAUAGGAUUUUUAUUUCAUGAUUUUGUUGUUAAAAAGGGUCGAUUUUCCUCUUAAAAAGUACCAAUCAAAAAUCUCAAAAUUUCCUGGCUCUCUAGCCAUAAGUUCUGAUUUGUAGUUACUUUUUUAUUAUUUGUAGUAUUAUAGGUUACGGUAUCUAUUGGACGAAGACAGUUGACACGUUUGAAGACCGAUCAGGGCAAUAUCAUUUCUUCUAAGCCUGAGAUCUUGAGUGAGGUCGAGAAGUUCUACGGACAGUUAUACACCUCUACCCAAAAGCCUGUUGACAAUUUGGCCAAAGAUCCUAGAGCCAAAUUGACCCGACACUAUACCGAAGAUAUCCCGGACGUCAGCCUAUACGAGAUUAGUAUGGCUCUCAGACAACUUAAGAACAACAAAGCACCAGGUGAUGACGGAAUCACAGCAGAACUCCUGAAAGCGGGUGGAAAACCGAUACUUAAGGUCCUUCAGCGGUUGUUCAAUUCCGUCAUUCACGAGGGUACAACACCUAAGGCGUGGCACAGGAGCGUGGUGGUUCUGUUCUUCAAAAAAGGUGACAAUACCUUACUGAAGAAUUACAGACCCAUCUCGUUGUUGAGUCAUGUCUACAAGUUGUUCUCGAGAGUCAUCACGAAUCGUCUCGCCCGUAGGUUUGACGACUUCCAGCCUCCCGAACAAGCCGGUUUCCGAGCAGGCUUUAGUACCAUAGACCACAUUCAUACGCUGCGGCAGGUUAUACAGAAUACCGAAGAGUAUAACCAGCCACUUUGCUUAGCGUUUGUGGACUAUGAGAAAGCCUUCGAUUCGGUGGAAACUUGGGCUGUGCUGAGGUCUUUGCAGAGAUGCCGGAUCGACUACAGGUACAUUCAAGCGUUGAAGUGUUUGUAUGAAAGCGCCACCAUGUCAGUCCGUAUACAGGAUCAGACUACGAGGCCAAUCCAACUGCAGCGAGGAGUGCGGCAGGGAGAUGUGAUCUCCCCAAAGCUAUUUACCGCUGCAUUGGAAGAUGUCUUUAAGCUUCUGGACUGGAACGGAUUUGGCAUCAACAUCAAUGGUGAGUACAUCACUCAACUACGUUUUGCCGAUGAUGUAGUCAUUAUGGCAGAGACUCUGGAGGACCUUAGUACCAUGCUCAACGACCUCAGCAGGGUUUCUCAACGUGUGGGCCUAAAAAUGAACAUGAGCAAGACGAAGAUCAUGACUAAUACUCAUGUACCGCUCCACCCAGUUAUUGUUGAGGACUCUGCGCUCGAAAUUGUAGACGAAUAUAUAUACCUAGGACACACAGUCCAGUUAGGUAGGUCCAAUUUUGAGAAAGAGGUGAAUCGCCGAAUCCAGCUCGGCUGGGCAGCGUUCGGGAAACUCCGCGACAUCUUUUCGUCCGAAAUUCCUCAGUGCUUGAAGACGAAAGUCUUCGAUCAGUGCGUGUUGCCAGUGAUGACAUACGGAUCCGAGACUUGGUCGCUGACUAUGGGCCUUAUUAGAAGGCUCAAAGUCACUCAGCGGGCGAUGGAGCGAGCUAUGCUUGGAGUUUCUCUGCGUGAUCGAAUCAGGAAUGAGGAGAUCCGCAGACGAACGAAAGUCACUGACAUAGCUCAGCGAGUCGCGAAGCUGAAGUGGCAAUGGGCGGGCCACAUAGUUCGAAGAGCCGAUGGACGUUGGGGCCCCAAGGUGCUGGAAUGGCGACCUCGCACCGGAAAGCGCAGUGUUGGGCGACCCCCCACUAGGUGGACCGAGGAUAUUAAGCGGGUUGCAGGGAGCCGCUGGAUGCUGGCAGCUCGAGAUCGUUGUGCUUGGAGGUCCAUGCAAGAGGCCUAUGUCCAGCAGUGGACGUCUAUCGGCUGAUAAGGUAAGGUUACGGUAUAUAUGACGAUACCAAAGUGUACUAGAGAUCCUUUAAAGUAGUUGACAUUUUAUCGAACGUUUUAACAUUGAGUGCGUUUGCUCUGGCGAAACGGGAUAAAGGGGGAGGAGCCUUCACACAUGUAACGCAUUCUUACUGGACUAAUUUCUUUUGGUUGCAUAUCUUAUAUUUUGUAUGUGAGUGUUCCAUACACUUACACACAAAAUAUAAGAAAUGUUAGCAUUACUUGUCUAAUUGUACCCACACCUGUAAAUUAUAAACAUAGCCUGCUUACUUCAAAUUCUGGUCUAAGCCUGAUGGUUAAACCUCUGGCAUAUUAUAAAUGUUUGUCAGCUCGUAUCGUAGCUAGGUACGAUACGCAAGAUUCAGACCCUCGACUGCUGAAGUAUAAAGCCUAAUUUUCUAAUGGAUUAAAUGCAGAAUCGUGUCCUCAAAAUGAUGAAGGUCUGGCCUUGCAGACUCACAAUAUUACUGAAAAGAGUUAUUUCCUGUAUUUGAUUUUAUAUUUGAUUCCCGCUAUUCAUAACCAUACAUCACAUAAACGUUCUUCAGGGCUAAAAGUAGCCCAGGUGCUGCUCCAAGGUACCAUUUAUCACUAACAAAAUUUAUUUUAAUCGGUUCAGGAAAUGUUACGGAAAGGUAACAGAUAAAGAAACAGAUAGUUUUCCAUUUAUAAUAAUAGAAUGGAUUGAAACUGUAGUUUUAGCAGAAGGCUUCCAAAGCGGAUUUAAAAAAUAAGAAAACCAAUGUGGAACAAUGGUUCUAAUUCACAAUAUUUUUCAGGACAACUUAAUUAACAAAUCAAACUGAACCACCAUUAUCCAGUACCAUUUAUCACUAACAAAAAAUAAGAUUCUAGACUGGCAGAGAAUGACUUGAGUGAAGUCAUCCACUUGUGAACGCUGUGUAUAGAGUUAAAGGAUCCAUUGAUAGUCGACUAACACUCCCCUUUUCCACUGAAGUCACUCUCCCCGCCUGUCCCAAGUAACCCAUGAAGCCGACCGAACGACGAGCGCUUUAUAUCGCAAGUCGUUCCCGCCAACCGAUCUCUACCCCUCUCUAACUCCCUACUCUUGACGGAAACAAGUCACGCCAUCUAGCGUCGGCACGAUCCAACACGAGAUCGAGCGACGUCAUAUCCAUCUCAGACUACUAUUUCCUACAGUAGUAUAUAAUGACAUAUUUUCAUGUUUUAAUACGGUAUCGAUGGGUUUGAGAAUUUCAAUGAAUUGGUGGAGCAAUCGCGAUAACCAAAGAGAUGCCGGUUUGUGUGCCGGUUUUGCAUUUUAAUUUUCAGUAAGAUAUUUUAACGCCAAAGUGUCAAUUCUGUGUACCUUUGUUUCUGCGCUCAUGUCUGCAGCACAUCUAGCAGCUCUCGGCUUUAAUAGAUAUUUGGGUUGAUAGGUGGGCUUUGUUCUUAUGGAAGAGGCUUUUUCAUACUGCCAGCCUUAACUAAAACUAUAAAAAGUUGUUUUAGUUCACUUGUAGUAGUUGGUUGGUCGAUUCUCCAGCUGUGAUCACUGUACUUUACCAACUUAUUUUUUCAACCACAUUAUAAAAGUCGAACGGGUAAAUAUAUUUUUUUUUGUAUUCAUUUUUCAUGUCCUGGCCUUUGAGUUUUUUUAGAUAAACACUUAACUUGCGAUUAAUUCUUUUAACAUUAAUUAGUUUUUUUUAUAUUUUAUAUUUAUUUAUUAGAAAAAAUAUAUGGUAUUAAUUUUGCAAUUUUGUUUUUACAACACUUUUUAUUAUCGGUAUUUUCAAAAAAUUAUACGCGAAAGCGGUGGUUAAAUAGUAUAUUCUAGAUAAUAAUGAACUAAGUACAGAAUCCCAUAGGUUAAUAUUAUGCCUCGAGUAUCGUUGCAGUUUAGCGACCGUACAGUUCGGAGACGGAGAAUGAUGCCGCCAUUUUGGUGUUCGGACUGCAUGAUCCUCUGGACUGUGUUGUUACUGUAAGGUUGUUCUCCCACAGAGAUAUUCAAAUUCAACGCAACUGCAACGCAAUCCAUAGGCCGUAUGCUAACCCCAGUCAAAUAGGAAAAAUAGGUCAACGUUGGAAUGAUGGAUAAUGAGCUUUUAACUCAGCUUUCAUUUUGGUUUUCUAAAAGUUCAAAUCUUUCCAUUGAAGCUGAGGUUAAAUCCUUAUUUGACUAGGGCACAUCGAGUAGCGUGUGACAUUAAACAUGGCGGUUGCGCGUAUAAUUGUAUGGAAGCGACUGACUAGCGGCGCGUAUCAACCACUGGUCGCUAGCGGGUAGUCUCGCGGGGACACCCUAAAUGUUCUUAUGAUAUUUGGAUCAUCAAUGAUUACGCUUAUUUUCAUGGGGAAUAAUAGGAACAAUAUAAUGCAAAUGACAUUUGAAGCUACUUAGGUAAUAGAUAAUAUUUGAAUUCCCAAAAACUGCUAAAAGGCACGGCAAGUUUUACGUCCUAUUAAUGUUGAAGAAUAGUUUACAUCUGUAGGACGUAAGACGUUACGUGCGAUUUCACAGUGGCAGUCAUUGCAUACAAAAUAUUUUAAUAACAAUCAUGAUCUUUAGGUAUUUUUAUGUCUAUGGCUUUGCAGGCUUUCAAUGUAUUAGGAUAUUUCUUAGAAUUUGCGUCACAAGUUUCCGUUUCGCACAAAAUUAUAGGAAUUUUGAUCGCCAUUGAUUUACACUAGGGUAAUGGUAGAAACACUUGACGCGUGCGGUGUUGGAUACGGCCAAAGUGCCGGUGCGUUUCUACCAUAAUACGUCCUUUGUUUUAUACAAAAUAUUUUUUAUACAAACUAUUGUUUUCUCUUUUAUUAAUAAUUAUCUAGUUUUAAAUAUACUUUUUAUUGUUUUUGUAAACAUUUAUUGCGGUAUUUUGCGAAUAUACUAAAAUGUAACAAUUAUUUAAAUCAAAUGUUAAGCGUACAAGUUUGUGUCAGUCUUAUGUUACACAAUAAUGUUACAUAUCUUUGUAAUAAUGUAAAGCAAGUUUCAACAAAAUGUAUUCUUUUACUCACAUUAAACUUGUGUUAAAUAGUACAAUAAAUGUAACAUUAACAGACAGCCCCACUGUUGGGCGUCGUAUUAUCAAACCCCUACACGUGUAGUACAGGGAUUGUGCCAAACGCUUCGGGGGGAAUCCUCACAGUUUCAUUUGUUUUUAGACCUCUAGAACAUGAGACUGCGUUAUGGUAUACAACCGCAAUAUGUUGUUGAGGUAUUAAAUUUAGUUACAGAUUAUAAUGGUUCUCUGUUCGUGGACCGCCUCUUUAUUCUUCUUCCUUGAAUGUGCUAACAUCACGCCGUGCCUUCCUUGGCCUUACGGAUAACAUAAUCUGCGCUGCCGGCAGAUUCCGUUACUGUUCUUAUAACUGUGUACUACGUAAAGUUACACUUUAACGUAAAGUGAUUGCUAAACUGUGACGAUUCCUCCACCAUUAUACUGUAAAGCAAAGGCAAACCAAUGCGAACAUAUUGAGUGAUGCAACCGACUGAUGACGUAUUCACCGGAUCGCACAAAAUAGUCUACAAACUGAGUUACGAAUUAUUAGCAGCCUCCAAAUGCAGUGCGUUAUAUUUGUAUGACCUUUCUAAUUGUUUUUCUAACAACAUUGAUAAAUACUUACAGUUUUUGGUUUAGUAGAAUCGUCGCUCAUUUCUGCCGCCGAGAAGCGUCUCUCCGGUCUGAAGGGUAUGGCGGAUGUGUUACACGCACGUCAGUUGACGAGACGCUGAACAAUUUGUAGGGAGACAGGACAGCGGCCCGGGAACACGCCUACAGCGAGUACCGGGCUCGCGCUCCCGCGAUUCGGCCCCUUGACCGCAAGGUUCAUGGGGCCAUGGGUGGUGGUGGGUCAAUCUCAGGCGGACCAUAUGCUUGUUUCGUCAACUUAAACACUCGUGACGUCAUAUAGCUUAAUGACCUUUCAGCGGGGGCGACUAACCGCGCGGCUAGCCGCUUAAAGUUUUGUGGGAGUAAAUGCAUACAAUCUUAAGUGAUUGCACGUUAAAUUGCAAAAGUGGUUAACAGCUAGCUUUUAGUUGUAAUAUCGGUCGGAUGCAGAACUUGGUCAUCGUUUGCAAAGGCCCUAAGCUUACUUUGUUGUUGUAUAGUUGUCAAUAGAGUACUUUUAGUUUACGCAGACCUCCGAGAUUAUUUAUAGUGCAUAGUAUUGACGUAACCGAAGGCUUUAUUAGAUGCUUUUUGUGUUUAUUUUGAACACCUUUACAGUUAGCUAAGAUACAGUUUAUUGUGUGAACGUACGCCGACGGAAAUGCUCGUCGACUGAACCGAUUUGCUUUUAUAAUCGUAAUAUUUUAAUCCGGUGUUAGAUCCUGUGUGAGAUAUUCGAUUUGCUAGUUGCAAUUAGUUGAAAUGAGUCGACUGACAUUUCCGCUGAUGUAUGCAAAUAAUUUAUUACAUAGAGUGAUCCUCAAAGUGAGACAUUGUGUUUAAUGUACAACACUAGGCAAAUCUAUAUAUAGUUAAAUAGUACUUAAUUAUUUUUAUUGUCAUUUAAUUAAUUAUUAUUAUUUAUGCGCUACAACUAAGCUGCUGGCGGAGAGGUGAGAGGGGUGAGAAUCGCUUAAAGAACUCAAAAAAAAGUCAAAGAGUGUGUAAAAUGUGCAAUCGCAUACCCGCAUAGUUCCCAUUCCUGUGGGAAUACAGCGAUAAACUGUAGCCUAUAUUACUUCCUGAUAAUGCAAAUGAAAGAAUUUUUCAAAUCGGUUCAGUAGUUUAUGUUACAAAAAAAAUCUAAGUCUUUCCCCUUUAUAAUACUGCUAGAGAUAAUAAAGGUUUACGACACGGUGACAUUAUUACGAAUGUCAAUAGUUUCACACGGUUUGUUUGUACUACGACAGUCUAAUGUUUCUACCCCGCUCCCUCUGCGUCAGGCCGCGGCCAAGUAGCUGCGUCUGCUCUGUAGUGGACUUGCAUCAGUUUUGUAUAUAAUUUGGGCCACUUCACCACCUUCUGCUACGUGCCUGAUACAAUGUUGCCGACUUUCCCAGCUGCCAUAACCGGAAAACAAAUUUAAUCUGGUCAUAUUUGGUCAAAAUAAAAAAAAUCAAGUUAAGUAUCGUUGAGAAAAAUACAGAUGUAGCUGUAUGUAAUACAGAUGUAUGUAAACUUAACAGGUAGUUAAAACAAAAUAUAGGUGUAGGAAAAUAUAUUCUUUUAAUUGUGAUUAUAACAUUUUUGACAAGUAAUUUUCCUGCAUUUGAUUUUGGUAAUUGUUCAAAAUCUGAACAGGUUACAUUAUGAACAUCGUUGUCAAUUCUACUAUCGCCAUUUAAACUUUCAGACGAAUUCUUUCAUCCUGUCAGAUAUUUUUUAAAACGCUGAAUAUGCGUUCUACAAACGCGUUUGAAGGUGGUACCGCAAAUAUUGUCUGUACUAUUAUCCGCAAAUAUACUCAGAAGAUUUGGGGCAUUAGUUUUUUUGAAAAAUCCACAAUAAAUCAGCUCGCAACCGUCGCGUUCACAAUUCUAGAAAUUGCAACCGGUCGCAAGAUUCGCCCUGACCCCAACAUGUCCUAACACCCUUAGAAAACAUACCCCUAGAACACUUGGAAACCCUGAUCGGAUAGCUUAUUCACACGUUUUGUCGUUUGAAAAAAAAGUAAGGAAGUGGCAAAACUUACGGUUCGACUGUCCAAUACUUAUCAGAAGGUUGUGAAAUUGACCCUAAAAGUUUUAUUGUAAUUCUUUAUAUUUAUACUUCUGAUAUAUUUUUUUCAUGUGCCAUAAUAAGGAAUUCUGACAGUGUGUUUAGUUUGUAAUAGUGACAGUAUAUUGUUUCUGAAUAGUAUCUGUGUUAUUCAUAACAGUUGUAUUAUUAAAUAGUAUAAUUUAGUUGUUAUUUUAAAGUUGGAAUUUAUCUGUCGACGUUAUGUAAGUGUCACUGUAAGAAGUAGAACUACCCCCAAUAUUUGUAAACGAUGAUAUCUCCAAAAGUAUGCUUUGAAUCUGUUUCAAAUGUGGUACUACAGUGCACUGGGUAUUUGCAAUAUAGUAUGUAAAGUAGAACAAAUAGUAUAAAACGCAUAAUAUGUAUGAACUCUGGUACUCAGUCAAGUGGCUUUUGAAAACUGUUUUAACAGUUUGAAAUUGCCAAAAGCAAUAAGAUAACUUUCGCAGCAUAUUUUUGGUGGUGGAAUGUUAAGACCAUCACAAAAAUAUUAUUAAUCUUUUGUUUUUGUAGAAAAAUUUCCAUCUCGCAGGUAAUAUACGAUGACUGUUUUAAUUUUUAGCUGUUCUUUUGUAUUUUUAUUGUUUGUUUUUUGAGGUUUUUUUAGGUAACUUUUAUCUAUAAAUUUUGAGAUCUAGAUAUUUUAAUUUCUGACUUUCCCUCGAUUUUUGGCGUAUGAAAUGUAAACAUCGCACAAGUAGUAACUGAACAUAUCACGAGUUUCCGUUUUAAUAAAUGAAUAAAAGUUAUUCUGUCCUGCGAGGUUCGGUUUAGGAUUAUUUGCGACAUAUUUACGUAUGAGAUGACGUUGUUAUUAUACUAUAUCGGAAGUUUUGAGCGAUGUUUUAGUGAGUUGUAUAAUUUGAAAUGUUUACGAUAUCCGUUGUGCGUCCGCUGUUAUUUUAUACUAGUUUUUUAAAUGUUUAUGAUUAUAAUAGUAAUUAUUAUUGUGAGAAUAUAUUUUACGCUUCCCAGAGGUGUUUUAGCCAAAGAAAAUGAAAUAAAUAUUGUACAAAUACAUAAACAGAGCGGCUUAAAGCCUUAAUAAAAGUAAUAUUAGUUGUCUUGCCAGUUAUUUGUAUAUAGGCCGCGGGGUCGGCGAGUGGCAACAGACGAUGUGGUCAAGAUCCGGCGUCAGAAAUAUAUACCCUCAUCAUUGCUGUUGGUCCGUUGUUGGCCUUUAGUGCUAUGGAAUAUCUGACAAAUAAUGUCCACAAUUGAACAAAUCUAGGAAAUCAUAAACUUGGUCAAAAGUAUACAUAUUUAGACGACUAAAUAUCUGAUGAGGGUAUGUUGUACAUAACAUUACCGUUUAUAUCUGGCAAACCCACAGUUGCAUUGUGAAAGCAACCUUUACUUUUACUUUCGUAUUCUUUACUUCUGUAAUCUAUUGACUGGUAUACGUUUAUUUUAAUUAACCAAGUAGAGAAGAUUAAAUAAAUUAAAAAAGUUUUUUUUUUAUACUGUCCGGCCGCAAUUUAACUAGGCAUAAUAUUUUCUAUAAUUCAUGUCAUAUAAUUUAACUAGGCAUAAUAUUUUCUGUAAUUCAUGUCGUAUCCCAAUUAAAUAACAGAUGAGGGUAUAUAUUUUGUAUGUCGGCUCUAGUACUAAUGUAACCGAGGUGUUGUGCGAGCGGCUUGCGCGCGGGGUACACGACCGGAGGCUUCACUUCCCGGGAAUCUCGUGCGGAUACAUACAUGCUCUGCAGUAUUAUUGUGUUAUUGUCUUUAUAUAUUUUGUCUCAGUACAUUCUCUCGUCUCCAGUGUAGCGGCCACUUUCGGUCAUAUUUACAAACAUUGAAUUCAGAUUAAAAUUUUCUUCAAAGUGAAGUGGACCUAAUCACGUGAAAAUGUGGAAAAUUGAGGCUUAAUCUAUGUUUAUAAAUACGGCUGAAAGUUUUAGAGCUUCGCUGCCAGCGUAUGCUACACUCGAGAUGCGAGAUAGUGGAUGUAUCGUUCGGUGUAACGUGUAAGGGUUAACUGUGAGAUUAACGUUUAAGUAUUUAAUGGUUUUUCAGUAGUGUCGGUGUUGUGUACCUCGCGUAAAUAACUGUAUGUUGUGUUAAUUAAUUGUAGCUAACACGAGAGCGAGCGAUGCGCGCCGGCGCCAUGACGCCGGGUGACGUCACGCGCGGCGCGGCGCCCUCUGUAUUUGUUGUUUGUUCACUGAUCACUUAGAACGUAAUUAGCUGGAUAAAUUAAUACAUAUAAUAUAGUUUUAUGAUGAAAUAAAAUAUGUAUAUGUAA